AUAUUUAGCGGGCAAUUUUGCGGCUCAGCUCGUUACAACGCCGGCGAUGGCACAACAAGUGCAGUCAACGCUGACUUGGGAAGUUGUUUGUUUGGAUAUGUGUCGCACUUGCAUGGAAGUUGACGGUGAACUUAUCCCCCUGUACGACGAGGUGGGUGAAAUCACCGAAAACGAUUAUGCCCACAAGCUUGGCCAAAUAGCUUCCAUAGAGGUCCGCAAGGACGACGGCCUACCAUCGAAAAUUUGCGACAAAUGUGCAUAUCGUACCAGUGCAUUCUACGAUUUCCGGUGUCUUAUUCAGGAGUCUGAUAAAAGACUCAAGGACAUACUCAAUAAGCAGUCGACUUCCAAUGACAUUACAGAAGAUAAAGUUGCCAUCCCAAUACGUAGUACUUUCAUGGCUAAUGAAACUCAAUCGAGUAAAGACUGUUUUUCUACAAAGGAGGAUGCCAGUGAAUCUUAUAGUAAUUUUGAUAAAUUUGAUGUAGUUUUUCAACCUAUGGAUGAAAAAGAUGAUGUAGAUGGAUUGGAAAAUAUUUGCGGUUCAGUUAUUUUAAAUAUGGAAGAAAGCCUAAAUAAUCCAAUAAGCAACGAUGUUGAAUUGGAAAGUAUUCAUGCUGCAGUUGAGUCAGCAGAAUCAAAUAAAAUGACCAAUAGUGAAGAUUUACAGUACCAAAUUAAUGGAAAUGAUUGUGAAGCUCAACAGUCGGAUACUUUAUUUUCCAAAGCAAUAGAAUCUAAAGAAGAGAGUGAGAGGAUGAACAAUUGCUUUUCUGAGGACUAUUCAAAAGUUAUUGUCGAAUUUCUCGAUGAAAAUCCAGUAUCUUAUUCCCAACUAACGGAUAAUGUUAAGAUAGAUAAUUGUGAUAGUAGUGAUAGUGAUGCAUAUCAUUAUUUAGAAACUGGAGGGGAUACAGUGGGCAGUAUUAACGAUACUGUGACAAGAAUCAAAGAAAUCAAAGAAGGUGGCAAAAUUGUACAAUACCAAUGCACUCUUUGUUUACAAAAUUACCCGAUUAUCUCCAAGAUUCUAUGCCAUAUCGUAGACUUGCAUGUGCCAAAGACUGGACCAUUCUAUUGUAUUAUCUGUGAAAUGGAUUGCGAAGAUGUCAAAGAAUUGAGAGCUCACGUAAAAACUCACAAGGGUCCAAAUCCGUAUUCGUGCUUUAUUUGUAAGAAAUCGUACGAGUUGAAGCGGUAUCUGAAAAGACAUAUGGCCUGUCACUCUGAUUUUCCUAGGUACCGUUGCACAAAGUGUGGUGAAAGAUUUAAAGUUAGAAAUGAAUUGGAAAUUCAUACCAAUUGUGAACAUUCAGAAGAAGCAACGUUCAAAUGCAGCCAAUGCCCUAGAGUGUUUAAUCAUAAAGGAAAUUAUAAACGUCAUCUGAUCACUCACCUGGAUCCAAAAGGUCUUCACAUACCAAAGUAUCCAUGCACUGUUUGUAAUAGGAGAUUUUUAAGCAACCGCACUCUAAAAAUCCAUUUGAGAGUUCAUACAGGUGAAAAGCCAUUUGAAUGUGAUAUUUGUCAUAAAUUUUUUUCCCAACAAGGAAAUUUAUUCAGUCAUUCUAAAAUCCAUACAAAUCCAGGAAGUUUCAAAUGUGACGUUUGUGGAAAAUGUUUUAAUCAAAAAGGAUCGCUUAAAGAUCACGUUAGAGGAAUACACAAUAAAGAAAAGCCUUAUGUAUGCAACUAUUGUGGUGUAGCAUAUCCGUUUAGUGCUGCUCUACGUCGUCAUAUGUGGUCUCAUAGUGAUAUAAAACCUUACGAAUGUGAUACUUGUAAGGCCAAAUUCGUUGGACGAUACGAUUUUAAACGUCAUUUGAAAAUACACUACAAGCCUAAGCGUAAGCGAAACAAAUCAAACAGAAAAAAAAAAUCAAAAAUCGGUAUUGCUUCCCAAGAAGUUGGUAAUGGUGUUGAAGAUAAAAAAAAAUCAGAUGAUUUUUUUAACGAGCCAAUAUUAUUUAACAACGAGAAUGAUAUACAAGCAAAUUUACUGGAAUCAAGCGAUUCUGUACUCGGACGCAUUCAGUAUUAAUAUAAUAUUAUGGAAGUUUUAGACGUAGUAGUAGUGGGUGUUUAAAUGUGUUGAUCAUGUUUUAAGGUAUUUGUUAAUUUUUAUACAAAUUUAUUUUAUUUAUUUUUACUUAUCAUUGGUAGAUAGCUUAGGAAUUGCGAUGCUUCAAAUAUUACUGAUGCCUCGAUAGGUGGCGACACUAUGUUGGAAUUGACGAUUGGUGUCUAUUUUUUGACUAUUGACUAUCGGUGUCGAUAAUUAAAUUGAAUUUAAUUGAUUGGUGUCUAUUUUUUAAACAGUUUUUAUUUUUGUACUGUUAAUCAAGUGAUAAGUAUUGUUAAAGUUCAAAACCGUGAACAGAC